AUGGAUGACACAGACACAUAUUUAUUGAACUUCAAAGGCUAUAAUUUUGAACGUUCUUUAGUUAAUGUUGAUCUACUAGAAAAUCUAGAUGAUUUUGAAAUUAGAGAUGAUGAUGUCUUCAUAAUCACAUAUCCAAAAUCUGGUACCAUCUGGACUCAGCAGAUACUAAGCCUGAUUUAUUUUGAGGGACAUCGUAACAGAACUGAGAAUGUGGAAACAAUUGAUAGAGCCCCCUUCUUGGAAUACAACAUUCGCAACAUGAACUUUAUUGACAGACCGUCCCCUCGCCUCUUCACUUCCCACAUCCCAUAUUAUUUAGCACCAAAAGGUCUCAAGAACAAAAGAGCUAAAAUUGUUUAUGUCUACAGAAACCCUAAGGAUGUGUUGAUCUCAUAUUUUCAUUUUUCAAAGCUUGUGGUUACAUUAGAAGAUACAGAUACUAUAGAACAUUUCAUGAAAAAGUUUCUAGAUGGAAAAGUGGUAGGAAGCCUUUGGUUUGAUCACAUCAGAGGCUGGUAUGAACACAAACAUGAUUUUAAUAUUCUGUUCAUGAUGUAUGAAGAUAUGAAGAAGAAUCUCAGAAGUUCUGUGCUUAAAAUCAGUGGCUUUCUUGAGAAAGAACUGAGUGAAGAGGAUGUGGAUGCUAUUGUGAGACAGGCUACGUUUCAGUCCAUGAAGUAUGAUCCACAAGCAAAUUACAAUCUCAUUCUGCAAAAAGAAGUUGGCACAAGAAAUAAUGAGGGAUGUUUCCUGCGCAAAGGUACCAUUGGAGACUGGAAACAUCAUUUGACCGUGGAGCAGAAUGAACGGUUUGACAGGAUAUUUCAAAGGAAGAUGAAAGAUUUUCCCUUGAAGUUCAUCUGGGAUAUAAAUGAGGAGUAG